CCAUGACAUGGGAAUCGAUAAGCGACAAGGAAGCUGCUGUUGCUAGUUCUUGACUUCCUCUUUGUAUUGUACCUAUUUUUUUCUCAAGUCGCGACUUGAAGUGAACAAAGACACACAAAGAAGCUUUAUUCAUACGGCGAUGGAUACGACCAAGUAAAGUCUUGUUGUCUGCUUCUAAUUGAUCUCUUGUGAUCAGCCACGAUAUCUUGUCCCACGUUGAGCAACGCACCCGGUGUCCAGGAUGACGACAAGUCGACCUUUAUCCAUGAGCUAUGCGCCAUCAUGGGCAUUGAAUGACAGCCCCUUUGACGACGACAGCGACAAGCAAAACACAGCGGCAGAGGCAUUCGACAGCGGACUCGACUUUGAAGAGACGGACCAAUUCAACCCUAAUGGCCUCGGUCAUGGCGGUCACACACGCACAUAUUCCUUUGCUGGUCCAAAGUCGCCGAUACGGACGCCUGCGAAGCCUUCGUUCAAGGGCCAUCUCCGUCAGGGGUCUGGAUAUGCUCUCUCACCAGUCUCGGCCGCUUUCCCUGAGCACAUUCUCGAACACCCCAAUGGUAGUCACAGCCCUGCGCGCACCCACACGCACAGCCAGAGCACCCAAAGCGCGCACAGCACACAUGGUCACUCUCAUGGCCACUCUCAUGCGCAAUCGCAUGACCACGGUCACGACCAUUCGCACAGUCAUUCCCAUGGCCAUUCGCACAACCAAUCCCACAGCCAUGGUCAUAGCCACGAUCAUGGACACGACCACGACCACGGCCACGUACAUGCGCCGCCGUCUGCUGCAUCUUCUCUAGUUUCAGAAGCGGCUGCCAAGAGCUCGUGGUUCUCCUUCCCUGAAGCCUUGACUGGCCUUCUCAUACCUCUGCCAUACCUCCUCGCAUCUGCCGCCUAUUCAACACCGAACACAAAUUUCCCUCCACUUUCUGCAUACGCACGCCUGCAAGAGUCUGUUCCAGAAGGAAAGAAGAUUGAAGAUUACACCAACGCACACCAUGCAUCAAGUUUGUUGCAAGCAUGCACUUUGACCUCUGGUACGCUGCUACUGAUUGCGAUAUUGGCGAGCAUACGAGCAUCAGAAAGAGGCUUGGACAAACGAAAGAGCUCAAAUGCUGGUCUGGCAAAUCCUGCCUCCUUGACGACAAGCUCCAUCGUCAACAUGGUGACGAGCACUUUGAAAGUCGGACUGCCGUACUAUGCUGCCAUCCAGAUUGGUGGCAUGCGAGUCGGCUUGAUCCUGUUGGUAGCACUCGCCUCAAACCUGUCCUGCUCCGACAAGCAUUCGCACUCAUUACUUGGCUCUCUGACCGCUCGUCCUCUUACGCUGGCUGCAAUUGGACUUUGUGUCUUGGGUGAUGCCUUUGGUUUGACCGUCUACGCUGAUACCUACCAUCUCGUAACUGGUUAUCUGGCUCUUGCUUUGUCCAUCUUCGUAUUAAACCCUCCUCUGCCAGCAAAUGGCUCAUCUACGUCUCCACUCAUUGCUACUCAUACGGACACUUCGGCCACCUUGUAUGCUGGUGUCAUUCUCUCCAUUCUCACCAUAGGAGCUUCCAUCAUUUUCUCUCUUGCGCCUUCGAUUACGCCCCUCUCGAUCACCUUCUCUACCUUUUCCAUGGCCAUUACUGCUGCCUUGGUCCUCUUCGCUCGACCAGCUCAUCUCCGCACUCACAAGAAGGCUGGGUUGGCGCUUGGCUGUCUUCUGACCGCCGCUUUAUCCUUCCUUUUCUCCCCCAAUACUUGGCCCGGUACUUUCUGCAACGGCGCAAUUGCCGCUUUGUCCUACGUCGGAGUUCUUUACGACACUUCAACCUCUCACGCCCACUCUCAUGAACACAGUCACGCUCAUGCUCACGACACUGGGCACGCACACGCCCAUGCUGCUGCACAUACGCACUGCAAUCAUCAUCAUGGCCAUCAACAUCAUACUCACGCCGAGACGUCAGUCUUCACAUCUUUCCUCCUGGCACGUUGCCGUCCGGGCUCUCUCUUUCACAGCAUUCUUUGCGAACGCGACUCUCGCCGAAUUGCUUACUUUACCUGCCUCAACUUUGGUUUCAUGCUUGUACAGGCCUUUUAUGGAUGGGUCAGUGGCUCGCUUGGUCUCUUGAGCGACACUGUUCACAUGUUCUUCGAUUGCUUGGCACUUGUCAUUGGUCUAGGCGCUGCUGUCGCCAGUAAAUGGCCCACCAGCCCAGAAAUGCCUUUUGGAUGGGGCAAGUUGAACGUCCUGGCAGGCUUCGGCAAUGGUAUCUUCCUCAUGCUGGUCAGUGUUGAAUUUAUCUGGGAAGCUGUCGAAGGGAUCAUGGAAGGAACUGAGCUGCGCCACGUCGAGGAACUGCUGGUCGUUAGUACUCUCGGCUUCCUGGUCAACAUGGUUGGUCUGUUUGCUUUUGGUCACGCCCAUCACGGACAUGAUCACGGACAUGAUCAUUCUCAUGGCCAUGGUAACGAGAACAUGCACGGUAUCUACCUUCAUGUCGCCGCCGAUGCAGGAGGCUCUCUGGCAGUCAUCCUCAGCACAAUCCUCACACUCUGGAAACCAUGGUAUCUCUGGGACCCACUCGCAACCAUCGUCAUUGCCAUCCUCAUCUUCCUCGCUGCUGUCCCUUUGGUCCGCGAUUCUGGCGGUAAACUACUUUUAGUCAUACCUGAUGAGCUGGAGUACGGACUCAAGAAUGCACUGCAAGAGCUCAGUGGCCUUAGAGGCGUUACUGGAUAUGCAGUACCUAGGUUCUGGGUCGAGGAUGAAGCUGGCGACGGACAUGAUCACGAUCACGGCCACAGCCAUGACCACGCUGCACACGAUCAUCACGACCAUGACCACCAUCACGAACACGAGCACGAAGAAAAGAGAAAGAAGAUUUUGGGCGUCAUUCACGUCUUUGCCGCACGAGCAGCAGACCCAGAAGACGUCAGAGAUCGCGUGGUGCAGUACUUUACCGCUUUGAACAUGGAUGUCGUGGUCCAAGUCGAGCGAGAAGGAGAAGGAAGAUGUUGGUGCGGAGGAGGGUUGAAAUCAGGAUAGAUUCCUCUUUUGCAUCACUGGCUACGGGUUUAGGUUUUUUCCUUUGGUUAUUGAUCACUACGAGCAUUUAGCAUAGCGAGUUUUGAAAUGGAACGAAUUGACAUUAUAUUGCCUUCUUCUUUGUGCACUGCAAAUCUCACAAUGUCCCUAAUUGUUAGAAACGCAGGCGCCUUGGAGCCGCGCACUCAUUCUGACCGUCAUCCUCGCUCUGGUGCAUUGGCAUUUAUAUCGUC